ACAGUAAAUUUACCAGUGUUGAUUUUCCAGUGUUACAAUAAAGUGUUAAAAUAAAGUGUUGGAUCAACACUGAACAGAAUGGGUCUAACACCAGAAGUGUCAGGUUUCAAAUAAGAGUUGGUGUUAUUUUACAUAGUUGCAAACAUCAACUCUCAUUCAGAGUUAAUCAAGCCACACCUCCAUUAACGUGCAGACAGACGUCAUUUUUUAUCGAAACAGACCACAUGCGGACGCCAUUUUACUUCGCUGGAAGAGUUGUGCCAGGAGUUCGGGUGCUUAAUUACAAUGAUUGUCAAAGCACAAUUUCGGAAUAGGAAGAAAUUCAUAAAAAUCUCAGAGACGUGCUUUGAUUUAUUUCUAGCAGAGGUGAAAGAGAAGUUCUCAAUUCCAGACGACCUUGCUGUUACAGUUACAGAUGAAACUGGUACAGAGGUGGAUAAAGAUGUGUUUCCUGAUCUAAUGUCCACCAGUGGGUUGGUUUUAGUCAUAAAUGAGUUGACUGACAUUGGAUCUUCCACACCUCAGUCUUCAGUCAGCUUGGAUACAGAUACACUGUCUCUAACUUCAAAAAGCAGUGAAGAGAGUGACUGGUUUAGUCCAAAACGAUUCAGAAAGGAUGAUGAUGAUGAUGUGGCAUCACAACAAGCACAGGCCAGAGAUCUGAUAAAACUAAUUCUACAGACAAGACCAGGUGGAGGAAAUGUGCUUAAGGAGUAUGACGAUACAGGCACAAUUAGUGAUGACACGAGAAAAGUGAUGGUGAACAUCUUAGUUGCACACAUGAUGGAGACAGAAGGAAGGGUCCCACAUCGACUUACCAAACAGAAGUAUGGAUUGGGAAUUAUCACCUUGUUUCCCUCACUCAGAGAUCCCCAAGGAAGGACUGGAUAUGAACAUUUCUAUGAUGGCCAAAAAAACACUGGAAAACAAAAAAACAUGGCGCCUCAAGACAGUACAAAGGGGGACAAGACCUUCUGGAGAUAAGGACGAUCCAAAAACAGAAGAAAAGGGAGGUCCUUUGCUUGACAGACAGCUAUGUUACCAAGAACAUCAGCUAGAUAAUGAUCAAAGUGUAGAGGCCAUCUCUUUGAUGAAUCAUACAAGUGAACGUGAGGUCAUCAUGCAGAAGAUGAAGGCAACGUUUGAAUACAGACAGCGCCUUGUCCAUGAUCCAGAGGGAUCCACCACCAUUCUCUCUGUUUUUCCUCGAUUCCUGGACACUAAAGGAUUGAUUCUUCAGGACUUCACACUCCUCUUUGGGUCAGAAACUGCUUCCAGACUUUUGGAAAGGUGGCCGACAGUUUUCAAAACAAAGGUUAUCAGACUAGGAGAAACCUUGACUUCCACUCCACUGCUGAAAAGAUUACUGUCAUCUGCCAAACAGAGCAAAGAAAGCAGCGAGGCACAGGAUUCCCCAGAGUGGGACAGUGAUGUAUCAUCCUUCCUUUUACUUUUGCAUCUCCUAUCACCCCAGGCUUUAGGAAGAAAGAAAAUCCAAAGGAUCAGUAUUUCACAGGCUAUUGACCAUCUGGUGGUGUUUCACAAA